CUCCUGGCUACUCAUUUCUGGAGUCUUCCACCAAGACCUCCUUUCUCUUUCUCCAGCGACAUCCCACUCUGCUGUACUUCCAACACUACUCCUCCUUCUUAGUCCUACCUAUCCUUCAAUUUCCCAUGGUUUCUGCCAUUUCUAAGAAAUCCAAAUACUCAUAUGCUGAACGUGCGUUAUCAUUAUAAUGGCGCAGUCGCUAGCCACUACUUGUGGAGCUGACCAUACCAUAGUCCACAUCGCAACGAUCCGAGCACAAGUCCGUAAGACUGCGCAAGACCGUAAAGAUAAGCUCGGUCCACAAUGGUCUUCUUGGGUCACUCGCACUCUGAAGAAAUUUGAAGAGCAAGGUGUCCUCUCUAUCGAUGGCGCGAACAAUGUCACAUUUACUUCCGAUGCUAAGAAGGCAUUCACAUCCGUUCGACGAGAGACUGUUGAUGCGCUUCCUACCGACGACGUUGUCAUUAAGUCUGUCGCUCACCAGUUGACAAGUGGCGUCAAGCGAAAACGACGAUUUUCUGUUCCUCAACCUCGUCUGAGCAUCUCUGAUGAUGAAGGUGAAAACGAAUACGACUCGAUUUCCGCUAGACGGCCUGUAAGCAAGAAGUCUCGCCGACGCAGCAUUGCUGCGGCUCCACGAACUGCUAAGAAGCGUAUUCAUGAACCUACGGACGAUGAACAGGCAGAAAUUGCACGACUUCAAGCAGAAGUUCAAUCUCUCCGUCAUCAACUUGCCGUGUCGAGACUUGAACGGACGGCGACACCGGAGCUAACUGAGGAUUUGAAUUCCACCAGUACUCCACGUGAGGUCACUCCUCCCGCACAAGUACCGCCUCCAAUUUCCCAACGACCCCUCCCGGGCGCAACCCGUACACAAUCCGGUUCUAUGAUUGACCAGUAUAGUAAACAGCCGACUCCUGCGCCCACUUCUCCAGGUGCUAUGGAGCAUGAGCAUGAUGAAUUCGAUAUGGUUCCACCUCUCCCGGACAUUGCGGAGGACUACAACCCUCGCCGUAAUAUUUCGGAUGCCUCUCACGGACUUGCGACUCCUCCGCCGUCAUCGCCAAUGGAGUUUGAGGAUUCGUCUCAUAGACCGACUGGCCAAGAACUCGACGCCAGUCGUGCCAACCUCAGAGGCACCAUCUCCGAACUGGAGUCAGAAAUUGCCAAAUUAGAACGCGUCCUGAGCGAGAAGCGAGCUCAGUUAGCAGUUCAAGAUACCGACAUCGUUGCCGAGAAGGCCCGCGCACAAAGUCUGCAAAUUAGCGUCAUCAAGUUGCAAGAUCUUCUUAAUGCGAGAGAAACAGCGCUUGCGAAGGCCGAAGAGACAAUCAAGGAGAGCGAUUCUGCCUUAUCUGCAGCACAUUGUGUUGCAAGCGAGCUCAAACGUCAGCUGAAGGCUGUCCACGAGCAACUGCUUACAUUGCAGACUGAGCGCGACAAGGUGCUUGCCCGUGCCGACGUCAGCGCUACCGAUCUAGCGAAGGAGAAGGACGCUCAUUCUCGCGCACUUCGGGAAAAUCAGGAGUUGAAGGACAAGUUGUCCGCCGCCGAAGAUGCUGCGUCGAGCUUGCGAACUGAGGUCGAUGCGGAGAAGGUCGUUGCUUCCUCCCUUGAGUCCCAGUGCCAUGCUAUGGAGGACCGUUGCCAGGUUGCUGAAAGGCAAUCUGCCGAAGCUCACGAACGGCUUUCGGAUCUGACAUCUCAGUUGAAGACUCUCGAGGAGUCCUCUGAACUGGGGCGAGAACGGGCUGUCGCUGUCCAAGAGGCAUUGAUAGCCGAACUGACUCUUGUGAACUCAGCGUUGGAAGAGAGUAAGGCCGCAGAGGCCAAGCUUCGAGAUGAGUUCACUCGUAUGCUUGCUGACAGAGACGAGGAGAUCUCCACGCUCCGAGGUUCUAUUUCGUCGCUUGAAGAACAGUUAUCAGCUUCUAACCAAAUCAUUGAACGUCUCACACAAAAGCUGCACAGCGUUUCCGAGCAAGAGCAAGCCCUUGCCGCUGACCUUCUGACCCGAGACACUACGAUCACUGAGCUGCAGGCAUCCCGAGAUGACGCUCUGACGCAGAUUUCCUCUCUUUCCACAGAGUUGUCGAAGAACAAGAUUGAGCUUGCCGACGUUGAGCUUGCUUUGGACGAGACCAGGUUCCGUCUGGAGAAGACAGAGGGUGAAUUUGACGGACUUCGUGACGACCUGUUGACCGAGAAGGAUGUUCAUGUUGCCUUGGAAGACCAACUGUCAUCGGUGCACUCGGAAAAUGAGCAGCUCAGAGUGGAACUCUCCGGCAAAACAGGGCAAUUAGAGACCCUCCAAGCAGACCUUGUCGCCAUGCACGAGAAGGAGGUGGCGCUCAGGAACAAACUUCAAGAAUUGGAAAGGCAGCAUUCGAGUGAAAUCUCAGACCGGGACGUAAAACUGGCCUCAUUACAAGCAUCUUUCCGAUCCGUCGAAGAUUCUCUUCGGGAUACCCUGGAGCAGUUGCAAGCUAUGCAGAAUGAUAAGGAAAGUCUCUCAUCACAGUUGCAUGCGGCGAGGGACGAAGUCGCGAUGCUCCGCUCUACCGUGGAUUCACAGAGCGCCCUGGUUGCGAGUCUCGAACGGGAUCUUGAAGUUGUAUCCACACGUGCUCGAGGGGCAGAAGAAGAAAUUGAAGAACUGCAUAAAGCCAAAACUCACCAUGAAGCUACCAUUGCCGCCAUUCGGGAAAGUUAUUCCCGAUUACGUCAAGUGCAACUUGAUACCUUGGCCGAGCUGGACGAUAAGGUUGCUUCUAUUAACUCAUCUUUCAUGCCUCACGCUCGAAGUUCGGUUGUAUCUAGGGCGGCUGCUCCUACCCAGUCCUGAGCUUCUGCGAUACCUCCAUUCUUCAUGCCACUUUACUACUACGAUUGAUCAUGCCAAAUGAUGUAACGUUGAUCUGCUAUCAUUCAUAAUCACGAUCUCAUAGGGUUACGUUAGGAUGUACAUACAAAGCUUCAAUGAAAUUAUCUCCAUAAAAUUUAAGAUGCGUC